GUAGUCGAAUAUAAUUCGCUUCAUAAUGAAACUUCUGAUUGCAUUGAGCGUGCUUGUAGCUGCUGUGUCGGCUGGCACUCAACCACUGGUUGAGGUUAUGCCUUACCAGGACUUGGAAGGACGUAUUACAAAUGGUGACGUUGCUUCUGAUGCACAAUUUCCUUAUCAAGCUGCCUUAAGGUUAGGUAUGGAAGGUGGUUAUGCUUUUUGCGGCGGCAGCAUCCUCUCAGAUGAAUGGAUUUUAACCGCUGCUCACUGCACUGAUGUAGCACAUAAUGUUACCGUUACUGUUGGUGUCACAAAACUCAGUGGAGAAAAUGAAAAGUUUGAGCAAAAAAUAUUUGUUACUAGUAAAAAUAUCAUCGUUCACGAAGGCUGGAAUCCAUCUACUUUAACAAAUGAUAUUGCCCUCAUAAGAUUAUCUGCAAAGAUACAGUUCAAUGAACAUACUGAGCCUGCUGUUUUACCAAAGAACAAUGAUGGUGAUUAUGUUGGUGAUUUGGUUUGGGCUAGUGGUUGGGGCAAGGAUAGUGACUCUGCAACUGCUGUUUCUCCAGUUCUUCGAUACAUUGAAGUUCCAGUUUUGAAGCCCCAGACUUGUAGUACCUACUAUCUCGGUGUGAUCACUGAGAAAAUGAUUUGUAUUAGUACCAAAGGUCAUAAAUCUACCUGCAAUGGCGACUCUGGUGGUCCAUUGGUACUUAAACAAGAUGACCAAAACAUUUUAAUAGGCGCAACAUCGUUCGGUAUUGCAUUGGGUUGUGAAAAGGGUUGGCCAGGUGUAUUUACUCGUGUUCCUGCUUAUUUGGAUUGGAUUCAUGCUAAAACUGGUUUUUCAUUUAACUUUUUGAGUAAGUGCAGAGCUAUGAAGCCCUUGGUAUUUUUAAUUUUGGCGUUAGCUGCAGUCAAUGCCUUUGAAUUUCGAACCUUGCAAACACGCAAUGUUGAAAUGCCCGUCUUAGAUGAACCAACAGGGCGCAUUACAAAUGGUGAAAAAGCCAGAGCAGGACAAUUUCCGUAUCAAGUUGGUCUUUCACUUAAACUGAAUCUUUACUCUUCUUCGUGGUGUGGUGGUUCACUAAUUGGCAACAGUUGGGUACUGACAGCUGCUCACUGUACUGAUGGCGUACAAUCUGUUACCGUCUAUUUGGGUGCCACGGAGCGAACCUCUGCUGAAGCCACUUAUACAGUGUCAAGCAAUAACAUUAUCAUUCAUGAAAAUUGGGAUCCAACUAUAUUGCAAAAUGAUAUUUCUUUAAUUCGAAUUCCAUCAGUUGCCUAUUCCAAUAGAAUUCAAGCUGUCAAAUUGCCUAAUAUCGCCGACUCUUACGACUUAUACACUGGCGACGUUGUUGUUGCUUCCGGUUGGGGACGUAUAAGUGAUAGCAUUAAUAGUGUUACCGAAGAUUUACAAUGGGCUGUUCUUGAGGUUAUCAGUAAUACCAAAUGUGCUAUGACUUACGGUAGCAAAGUCAUUCUGCCUACUAACAUAUGCGUUGAUACAUCUGAUGGAGUGUCUACUUGCCAGGGCGAUUCCGGUGGCCCACUAGUGUUGGUUUCUAGCGGAGUACAAGUUGGUUUAACAUCAUUUGGUGCCGCAGAUGGUUGUGAGAAGGGCUAUCCAGUAGCAUUUACUCGUCUCACCAGUUACUUAGACUGGAUUAAAUCACAUACUGGAGUUGUGUACUAUUAAAUAUUAUAAAAUGUUUACAUCUUUUAAAAAUUAAAUUAAAAUCAUUAAUUCA